AUGAUGGCCGAUUGGGGAAUGCGUUAUCAACAUCUACCUCCGGCUGAAUUAAUGCUUAUAUCUGGUGAUCCUUGGUGGUAUAUGAUCCCUACGCUUGAAUUCAUGGAAAGCACCAUUCUUUGUGCACAUCCAAAGAAUUUGCCACCAUCCGACAAAUAUCUGAGUCUGGGAAACACCUGGGUCUGGGAAGAGUUACUGGAAGGUGUUGAUUCAGCAUUGGACGAGAUAAGCAGCCAUACAGAUUAUGUAGGACCUCCCGCGAUUUGCAGAGUAUGCAAUAUUGAUAUCGAAAGCUGUGUUGAACUCAUCAAUCAUCUCAAGACUGAUGAAGAACACAUAGCUAAGGCUAUCAACGAGCACUUCCUCUCCGGUGGCUAUGAGAGCACGACGUUCGAGGUCGUGAGUAUUGAUGCUCAGAAGUCGGUGAACGACGGAGUUUUUAUCAAGGUUGUUGGUUUCUCGACUGGCAAAGACAAGACCAAGAAGAAAUUCUCUCAAAUGUUCUAUCUGACACAUGACAUAAGUCACAAAAAUCCAAACUCCUACGUUGUCUUGAAUGACAUGUUUCGUUAUGUUAGUGAAGAGGCUUCCACUCCUAGAACUCUGCCAGUUGUUAAAUCAAGUUUUAAGAAAACCACGUUCACGAAGACGGUGGUGUUGUGGGACCUCGACACCUGUCCGGUACCCGCUGAUAUCGAACCUGGUCGUGUCCGACAGAUAAUAGAAUCGGCGUUGAGACACUACUUGGGUGAAACUCGUCAGUUUUCCUUCUAUGCACUUGGAGACCUAGAAGAUAUCUCUGAUGACCUCUUGAAAGAGAUCUCAUCCUCUGGAUUCCUUCUUAGACACGCCACCUCCGGUUGGUUUAAUCUUUUCUUUCUUUUUUUCCUUGAGUUCAUUGGAAGCACUAUUCUUUGUGCACAUCCAAAGUAUUUGCCACCAUCCGGCGAAUAUCUGAGUCUAGGAAACAUUUGGGUCUGGGAAGAAUUACUGCAAGGGGAUGAUUCAGGUUUACACGAGAUAAGCAGCGAUACAGAUUAUGUAGGACCUCCCGCGAUUUGCACAGUAUGCAAUGUUGAUAUCGAAAGCUGUGAUGAACUCAUCAAUCACCUCAAGACUGAUGAAGAACACAUAGAACUUUUCAGUUCUGAUAGUGACAGUGAAUAA